AUGACUAAAAGAUAUAUGGAUGCAAUGUCUUUAGUUCAGAGAUAUGACAAACCAGAUGUGUUUUUGACAAUGACAUGUAAUCCAAAUUGGCCUGAAAUAAAAUGUGAAUUGAAACAUAGUGAUGAAAUACAGAAUAGGCCAGAUUUAUUAGUACGGAUAUUUCGUGCCAAGUUUGAGGAAUUGAAGACAGAUUUGGUUAAGAGAAAGUUGUUGGGUCCUAUUGCUGCAUAUGUUUAUGUUAUUGAAUUUCAGAAAAGAGGAUUACCUCACGCUCAUUUUCUCCUUAUGUUUAAACGAAAUUCUAAGAUCCGAAACUCUAUACAAGUCGAUGAAAUUGUCUCAUCAGAAAUACCAGACAAGAAAAAUUACCCUUACCUACGUGUUACUGUUGUAAAACAUAUGAUGCAUGGUCCUUGUGAGAAUUUGAAUCCUAAGAAUGUUUGCUGUGUAGCUGUCAAAUAUUGCGUGAUGGUUAGUACGAAUACAAUUGGUGAAGUUGAUAUUUAG